UAGCAAAAUAUUGAUUAGUUCCAGGUCUCACCACAGAAGCCAAAAGUCAGCAAAAGUGGUUUAGUAACGAACUCUCUUCUCCUCCAAAGGUUCAAACUUUGAGCUUGUCUCCGAGGAGCUGAGAUCUCCAGCCCAGCUCAAGAUCUAGGGUUUCCGUUUCAGUCAUGGAGGAGAAGGUAGUCGCUGUAAUCAUGGUGGGCGGGCCUACCAAAGGGACUAGGUUUCGGCCUCUGUCAUUCAACACCCCGAAACCGCUGUUCCCAUUGGCUGGGCAGGCUAUGGUGUACCACCCCAUUUCAGCUUGUAAAAAGAUACCCAAUUUAGCACAAAUCUAUUUGGUUGGAUUCUAUGAAGAGAAAGAAUUUGCACUGUACGUGUCUUCCAUUUCCAAUGAGCUCAGAGUGCCAGUGAGGUACUUGAGAGAGGACAAACCGCACGGCUCGGCCGGCGGACUGUAUUACUACAGAGAUAUCAUCAUGGAAGACAGCCCGUCGCACAUCUUUUUGCUGAACUGUGAUGUUUGCUGCAGUUUUCCGCUUGCAGACAUGCUUGAGGCUCAUAAAGGAUAUAAGGGGAUGGGUACAAUGUUAGUAAUUAAGGUUUCUGCUGAAUCUGCGAACCAGUUUGGGGAGUUGGUUGCUGAUCCUGCCACCAAAGAACUAUUGCAUUAUACUGAGAAGCCAGAGACUUUUGUGAGUGAUUUGAUCAAUUGUGGUGUAUAUGUAUUUACUCCAGAUAUUUUUUCUGCCAUUCAAGAAGUCUCCAGUCACCGAGAAGGCAGAGCUAAUUUACGUCGUGUUUCCAGCUUUGAAGCCCUCCAGUCCGCAACAAGGACUCUUCCUACAGAUUUUGUUAGAUUGGAUCAAGAUAUUUUGUCACCUCUUGCUGGAAAGAAGAAACUGUAUACAUAUGAGACCAUGGACUUUUGGGAACAGAUCAAGACUCCUGGAAUGUCUUUAAAAUGUUCGGGUUUGUAUCUUUCUCAAUUCCAAAUUAACUCCGAACACCUUUUAGCUAGUGGAGAUGGUACCAAGAAUGCUAGAAUUGUUGGUAAUGUUUAUGUUCAUCCAUCGGCAAAAGUACAUCCAACUUCUAAGAUUGGUCCCGAUGUGUCUCUUUCAGCAAAUGUUCGUGUAGGGGCAGGAGUAAGGCUUAUAAAUUGCAUUGUCUUGGAUGACGUGGAAAUCAAGGAAAAUGCAGUCGUUAUAAAUGCUAUUGUUGGAUGGAAGUCAUCUAUUGGAAAAUGGUCGCGUGUCCAGGCUGACGGAGACUACAGCGCAAAGCUUGGAAUUACCAUCCUCGGAGAAGAGGUGACAGUUGAAGACGAAGUUGUGGUGAUCAACAGCAUCGUUCUCCCAAAUAAGACUCUUAACGUUAGCGUACAGGAGGAAAUCAUUUUAUGAUAUUCAAGAGAGAGCUUGCUUCCUGGUUUUUGCUCGCCGCUCGUGUUCAUGCCGGUAUUUUUGUUUAAUUAUUUUGGUUGACCAGCGUAUUGUAUAAUCGUGCUACGCAAGAACAGCUACGUAACAUUUUUGUUUCGACGAAGAAUGCAUUUGUAUCAGAUAUGUAAAAGUUUAUUUGUUUACGAAGGGCAGUCUCAAAUGUGCCAGAAAGCGUUUAUGUCGAAAUGAAAUCGAACUUGAGACAUCGAGUUAAUA